AUGUCCGCCAAAAAAGAGAAGAAGUUCAUUCUGUUUUGGCACUUCGUUCUUGCCCAAAGGAUCGGCGCGGUCCCAGCACUGGCUGCCUUGGGCGCUGCUGCGGGGGCCCGGGCCUUUGCGCGGCGUGGUCAGCGAACACAGCGGCAAGCGAAGAGCAAGAAAUCGCAGAAGAAGGGAGGGAAAACGUCCGGCAUUCCAAUACCAAAGUCAGACAGUGCUGCUCCGGAUGCUUACGACCAGGAGACACGUGACAUUAUCCUCUCCAUGAGCAACGUGGACAAGAAGUCCCUAGAUGGGAGUUACAUCUUGAAAGAUGUCUCGCUGGGCAUGUACAUGGGCGCGAAGAUCGGCAUUCUGGGCAAGAACGGGGCAGGAAAGAGCACGGUGAUGCGAAUCUUGGCAGGUGAGGACGACGAAUUCCUUGGCAAGCUUGAGCGUGAUGAGGCUAUACAGGUAGGCUACUUGGCUCAGGAACCUGUUCUCAAAGAAGAGACAGUGAUUGCAAACUUGGAGCCGGCGGUAGACCACAUAAAGGCCAUGGUCAAGGAGUUCGAGGAUGUGAGCAUGCAGAUGACGGAUCCCGAUGCUGACGUCGAUGCCCUCAUGCAAAAGAUGGAAACCAUCCAGUCCAAGAUCGACGCCUGCAACGGUUGGGAAAUAGAUCAGAAGCUUGAUGAGGCCAUGGCUGCGCUGAACUGCCCCCCGCGAGAUGCGAAGAUCGCAACGCUGAGUGGAGGAGAGCUUCGCCGUGUGGCGAUUUGCCGCCUGCUCUUGUCGAAUCCCGACAUCCUCAUGCUCGACGAGCCCACGAACCAUUUAGACGCGCAAAGCGUCGCUUGGCUGGAGCGCUUCCUGGCAGAGUUCCAGGGGACCGUCGUCGCCAUCACGCACGACCGGUAUUUCCUGGACAACGUUGCUGGGUGGAUUCUCGAAUUGGAUCAGGGAAAGGGAAUUCCGUUCCAGGGAAACUACUCUGGAUGGCUGGAGCACAAGGCGAAACGGCUGGAAUCCGAGCAGAAGCGGAAGGCCACACUGGAAAGCCAGAUGGCCAAGGAGCUAGAGUUCAUCAAUGCGCGACGAAGCGGAAGGCAGAAAAAGGGAAAGGCUCGCCAGCGAAGAUUCGAAGAUCUGGAGCAGCAGGCGAGUGCCUUCAACCGGAGCAGUGAGCUCGACUCGAUCGUGAUCACUCCCGGUCCCCGCUUAGCCAACGAGCCGGUGAUCACCGCCAAGAACCUUUCAAAGGGCUACGGCGACCGGCUCCUAAUCAACGAAGCCAGCUUCGAGAUACCGCCAGGUGCUGUGGUUGGUAUCAUCGGUCCCAAUGGUGCAGGCAAGACCACACUCUUCAAGAUGAUCAUGGGCAAGGAGCAGCCUGACGGUGGUGAGCUGCUGAUCGGAGAGACUGUGGCACCCAUGUAUGUUGAACAAAUGCGCGAUGAUCUGGAUGGUGAUGCGACCGUCUUCGAGGAGCUCACGGAUGGCUUGGAUGCCAUCGAUAUUGGCGGCCGGGAGGUGAACAGCCGGGCGUACUGCUCCUGGUUCAAUUUCAGGGGGAAGAUCCAGCAGCGCACGGUCUCAUCCCUCAGUGGUGGGGAGCGAAAUCGUCUGCAGCUCGCUCGAACACUGCGACUGGGUGGCAACUGCUUAAUGUUGGAUGAGCCAUCGAACGAUCUGGACGUGGAAACCUUGAGGGCGCUAGAGACGGCCAUCGAGAAUUUCGCAGGCACCGUCCUCUGCGUAAGCCACGAUCGCUGGUUCCUGGAUCGCAUCGCCACUCACAUCAUCGCCUACGAAGGUGACUCUCAAGUUGUAUUCUUUGAGGGCGGCUACAGCGACUAUGAGGAAGAUCGCUUCCAGAGAACAGGGCACGAAAAGCGUUGCCCCAAUUUUCCAUUGGGCGGUGAGCAGCUGGCCCUUUGCAGCCGCUGCCCCGCUAUUCCAAUGCCUGGCUUCAUCGACCGCAACGCUUUCAAGGACACGCACGCAUGUGGCAAAGACCGAGUUUUAAGACGUCAUCACUGUCCCUAUGCGCCGCCAGCUGCUGGAGGUCCAUAUGGUGCACCAGCUCCAGCCAACGGCCGGCCUUCAAGCCGAAGCUAUAGCUACAGCUACAGCCGCAGUCGAAGUGACAGCCGCAGACACAGUCGCAGCAGCCGCAGUCGGAGCCGAAAGCGGAAGGAGAUAGACAAAAAAGAGAAGAAGGACAAGAAGGAGAAGGAAAAGAAGGAGAAGGAGAAGGCGAAAGAGAAAGAGAAAGAAAAGGAAAAAGACAAGGACAAAGAGAAGGACAAAAAGGGGAAGAAGGACAAGAAAGACAAGGCGAAGGAGAAGGAGAAAGACGUGGAGAAAGCUAAGGAAAAGGACAAAGACAAGAAGGCCAAGAAGGAGAAGAAGCGAUAG